CCGCGGGCCCGCUCGGCUCCCCCUCCUCCCCGGCUGGGCUAUGUGAAUGAAGCUCUGCCGGCUACGUGGGGCGCUAGCUCAACUUGCGGUGUGGAACGCUACAGCCCACUGAGCGCGCGGCCCACCGGCGGCGGACACGGGCUCCUCAGCUCCUGACCUCGGUGACAGAUUUGUGGCCUUAGCGUCUUGUAGAAAGCAGCACCACACAGUUGCAUGUCCAUCUACGCCCCCAUCUAAGUCUUCUUUGAAAACUGCGGGGCUGUGGGAACGCCUGAGCCUGUGACCCUAGUGUGGGAGAAGAUAGGUUCAAGAUGGCCAUGUGGCAGGUGUGGGAUCCCAGUCCAUGGGAUGGUGCCACUCACUUUCAGGGAGCCAUGGAUAACAGAGGUUUUCAGCAGGGAAGUUUCAGUAGCUUCCAGAGCAGCUCCAGUGAUGAAGACUUGAUGGACAUACCAGGGACAGCUAUGGAUUUCUCCAUGAGAGAUGAUGUGCCUCCUUUAGACCGAGAAUUAGAAGGGAACAAGACAUACAAUGGUGGUGGAAUAGGCUCUUCAAAUAGGAUUAUGGACUUCUUGGAGGAGCCAAUCCCUGGUGUAGGGACUUAUGAUGAUUUCAACACAAUUGACUGGGUGAGAGAGAAGUCUCGAGACCGAGAUCGACACCGAGAGAUUACCAAUAAAAGCAAAGAGUCUACAUGGGCCUUAAUUCACAGUGUGAGCGAUGCCUUUUCUGGCUGGUUGUUGAUGCUCCUUAUUGGGCUUUUAUCAGGUUCCUUAGCUGGUCUGAUAGACAUCUCUGCUCAUUGGAUGACAGACUUAAAAGAAGGAAUAUGCACAGGGGGAUUCUGGUUUAAUCAUGAGCACUGUUGCUGGAACUCUGAGCAUGUCACCUUUGAAGAGAGAGAUAAAUGCCCAGAAUGGAAUAGCUGGUCCCAGCUUAUAAUCAGCACCGAUCAGGGAGCCUUUGCCUACAUAGUGAAUUAUUUUAUGUAUGUCCUCUGGGCUCUCCUGUUUGCCUUUCUUGCUGUAUCUCUUGUGAAGGUGUUUGCACCUUAUGCCUGUGGCUCUGGAAUUCCUGAGAUAAAAACGAUCUUGAGUGGUUUCAUUAUUAGGGGUUAUUUGGGAAAGUGGACCCUGGUUAUCAAAACUAUCACGUUGGUGCUGGCAGUCUCAUCUGGCUUGAGCCUGGGCAAAGAGGGCCCCCUAGUGCACGUGGCUUGCUGUUGUGGAAAUAUCCUGUGCCACUGUUUCAACAAAUACAGGAAGAAUGAAGCCAAGCGCAGAGAGGUCUUAUCUGCUGCAGCAGCUGCUGGUGUAUCCGUAGCCUUUGGGGCACCUAUUGGUGGAGUAUUAUUCAGCCUGGAAGAGGUCAGCUACUAUUUUCCCCUCAAAACAUUGUGGCGUUCAUUCUUUGCUGCUCUGGUAGCAGCGUUUACUCUACGUUCUAUCAAUCCAUUUGGAAACAGCCGCCUAGUUCUUUUUUAUGUGGAGUUUCAUACCCCAUGGCAUCUUUUUGAACUUGUGCCAUUCAUUGUGCUUGGCAUAUUUGGUGGUCUGUGGGGAGCUCUGUUUAUCCGCACAAACAUUGCCUGGUGCCGGAAGCGUAAGACCACACAGUUGGGGAAGUAUCCUGUCAUUGAGGUACUCGUUGUUACCGCCAUCACUGCUAUUUUGGCUUUUCCCAAUGAAUAUACCCGGAUGAGCACAAGUGAGCUCAUUUCUGAACUGUUCAAUGACUGUGGCCUUUUGGACUCCUCCAAGCUCUGCGAUUAUGAGAACUACUUCAACACAAGCAAGGGUGGUGAACUUCCAGAUAGACCUGCUGGCGCAGGAGUCUACAGUGCCAUGUGGCAGCUGGCUUUGACACUCAUACUGAAAAUUGUCAUUACUAUCUUCACCUUUGGCAUGAAGAUCCCUUCUGGCCUUUUUAUCCCUAGCAUGGCUGUUGGUGCUAUAGCAGGGCGGCUUUUAGGAGUAGGAAUGGAGCAGCUGGCUUAUUACCACCAUGACUGGGGUAUCUUCAAUAGCUGGUGUAGUCAGGGUGCUGAUUGUAUCACACCUGGACUUUAUGCCAUGGUUGGGGCUGCAGCCUGCCUAGGUGGGGUGACUCGAAUGACUGUCUCUCUUGUUGUCAUAAUGUUUGAACUAACUGGUGGCUUGGAAUAUAUUGUGCCUCUGAUGGCUGCAGCUAUGACAAGCAAGUGGGUGGCAGACGCUCUUGGGCGAGAGGGCAUUUAUGAUGCUCACAUCCGUCUCAAUGGAUACCCCUUUCUUGAAGCCAAAGAAGAGUUCUCUCAUAAGACCCUAGCAAUGGAUGUGAUGAAACCCCGGAGAAAUGAUCCUUUGUUGACUGUCCUUACUCAGGACAGUAUGACUGUGGAAGACGUAGAGACCAUAAUCAGUGAAACUACAUAUAGUGGCUUCCCUGUGGUAGUAUCCCGAGAGUCACAAAGACUUGUUGGCUUUGUUCUCCGAAGAGAUCUCAUUAUUUCGAUUGAAAAUGCUCGAAAGAAACAGGAUGGGGUUGUGAGUACUUCCAUCAUUUAUUUCACUGAGCAUUCACCUCCAAUGCCACCAUACACUCCACCUACCCUGAAGCUUCGAAACAUCCUGGACCUCAGCCCCUUCACUGUGACUGACCUUACACCUAUGGAGAUCGUGGUGGAUAUCUUCCGCAAGCUGGGACUGCGACAGUGCCUGGUUACACACAAUGGGCGAUUACUUGGAAUAAUUACCAAAAAGGAUGUGUUAAAGCAUAUAGCCCAGAUGGCAAACCAAGAUCCUGAUUCCAUUCUCUUCAACUAAACAUGGGGUUGUUUUGGAUAUAAAGGAAGAAGGACAUUUCAGAACAUGGAACUAUUUUAUUAACUGGGUACCCAAAACACAUUUUCCACAUUUGGAUGGUGAAGUCAUAUUAGUGUUGUCUCUUUCCUACAAGUUAAUCAGUUGCACUACAUAAUCUCUGGAAAUUGAUCUUUUCUUUAGGGGAAAGUACAGUUAGGCUUCUGUGAUAUUGCGUUAGGAAAGGUUUAUGAAAGUGUAAACAAGAUUGCUAUGGUUUAAUUAUAUUUGUUCUUUUAAAACACUUUUUUUUUUAAAUUUGAGAGUAAUUGUUAGCCAAUAUGCAAUCACUGAAAACUAUGCAAGAAAAAUUCCAACUUGUCCUGGCAUAUAGUCUGCAGGUAACUUAUGAAAAAAUCUUUUGGAAGGAAUCUAACUGUCAUUGGUGGAAGAUGAAGUCUAAACUAAGGGGCUUUGCUUUUCAAACCACAAAAAGGAAAGCCAGAAGGAAAUAGCAAUGGCAUUUUCUAGACUGUGAAGAUUCAGUUCAAAUGUUAUCCUUAUUGCUGUUACAAUAUUUAGCAUUAUUAGUUUAUUAUGUGUGUAUGUAUAUGUUAAUUUUAAUUUCUGAUUAUAAGACAAUGCUGCUUUGGUUAAUCUUCUCUAAAGGAAUCUAGAGAGGUUGACUUUCAUAGCCUGCUUGUUCCUGGUACUCUCUAAAGUUCACAAAGAUAAGUUACAGAGCUUUCUCCUUGUCUACAAAAAGGCUAAUUUUCCAGGUGGUAUAUGUUAGCUAGUACACAAGGACUUUGCCAUGAAUUCGUUAGUAGCAAAGAGUGAUUUCUUCCAGUUUCUUUGACAUGAAUGAUUAGUAAAGUUCCAAGCAAAGUUUCUGACUAGAAAUUUCACAAUUUUGUGUGAGGGCCUAACUGUUUUUCUUAUCCAGAUGCCACCUCCAUGAAUGAUGGUGCUUUAGGCUUCUGGAAUAUGUAAGAAGGGUAAAUGGAACCAAGUCUAGACUGCAUACUGGUAAACUAGAGAAGAUUCAGAGCUGCAUUGGCAUCCUAGUGCAUUCCUUUGGGAAGACCACAAGUACUAAAAUAACAGGACACCCAUGCUACUCCUAGUGUUGAGUAUAUAUAACAGGUCAGUGUUGUUACCAUAAACAUGAAUUAGACUCAGGAUACUUUCACAUAUAUUAACAGCAUUGGAACAGAAUAGGCAACUGUGACUUCCCUGAAGGCCCAUCCUUAUAGUUCUAAUUGAAAUUCAGAGCCUUUCUACGACCUAGGGGUAUUGACAAGGCCUAGUAACACCAAAGGUGCUUGUAUCCAGUUGAAAAGGUGCCUGUCUCAAUUUCCUACUACAUUUGUGAUAGCUUAAGAAAAAAAAAAAAAACACUAUAGGAACACUUGGUGGAAAUAAAGAGCCACCACCAUCAUUCCAACCACUAUUGCAUUUCUGUAGUUUUACCCAUAUGCAAUUAUCCUCCCUCCAUUCUGUUACUUUUUCUUCACAGUGCUGAAUCUUCUUGUUGAAAUAGAAAACUAUGCCUGGCUAAUCAUCCUAAUGACAAAAAAAAAAAAAAAACUACUAAGGCUAGUUAAAUUAUAAGCCAGUGCUCAGCAGUCUCACAGCCCAUGGACUAGAAGUGAGACAUAGUCCUUUCCUUUGCUCUGUGGCCCUUAUUGCUGCCAUGCCACCAUUUCUGUCCUAGAUGCCCAUGGCAGUGAGACUGCAUUGUCAGAUGUAAGAGCUCAGCAUUGCUCAUUUUACAAGUCUGUUCCCAACACUUCCCUUGGAGCUGCUAGUCUAGAAUCAACAGGCACUUGGCACAUUCCCCAAGCCCCUGCCCAAGCACCUCUGUGUACCUCAUUUUAAAAGUUGUUCCCUGAGUCUAGGAAUUUUUACCCCUAGUUCUUAUCAUUCCAAAAUCAGAAAUUCUUUUAUUGUCCAGGGCUGGGUAGCCAAAGCUUAUUUUGAUUUUUAUCUAUUAACAUAUCAAGGCAGCCACUAGAGUUUCUCAUUUUAAAUAUAUCAUUCUAAUAUUUUAAUGAAAAAGAAUGCUUCAGGGUCCAUGGUAUCAUGGUCAUGGCUUGGUAACUUUAUGUCUUGUUCCUUCCACACCAUUGCAUUCUUUGUAUCAGAUGAGACUCUGCCUGACCACCUAGUAUAAGGUGUGGUGAUCAAAGUUCUUAUCUGUACAUUUCUGGUUCAGUACCCAUGUUAUUAGCCAUUCUUCCCCACUAAAGUUUGCCAAACAGGAAAUGCCUGGUCUUGGAUGGCAAGGGGAGGUUUGGUCAUAUUUCAUAGAGCAGCAGGGACACAGAGGGUGUCUAGUUUGCCUUUGUGUCCUUUCUAGGCUCGAUUCUACAUUUUAGACUGAUGAGCCAGUGUUAAGGUGCUACUUCAGAGAAUAAAUUCAAGAAAUUAGAUAACACUGUGCCAAGGUAUAUUUUCUAUAUGCUAAGCACCAAUUGGCCCUCCAGAGAACUGAUGAUAUCCCUUUGAUACCUCGCUCCUGAUGAAUCCAUUUAUUAACCUCAGUUUCUCAGGAAUCCUUGUAGCUUGUAUGAUAGAAGCAGCUAUAUAUGGUGUCCAUUAUAUGUCCAAUCCUAUGUUUUGGCUCAAAGGUUAGCUAGUUGUGACUAGAGCACUCUACAGACUACUAGCUCAGCACCUGGACAUUUACAAGUUCUUGUCUUGAGGUAAAGGAAAGUGUUCUUCCUGCCAUUGCCAUCCUAUCAGAUAUUCUUAACCCCCGCCCCCCCCCAAAAAAAAAUUUGAAGCCAAUAUUUGAGAAGCCUGUCAGUAGCCUCAAAUGACUGCAUACCUCAAUGGCAAAAGAUUAGAUUGUGAUUUUUGAAAUGAAUUGAGAAAAGUCAUUUUGGUACUAGAUAAUAAAAUUGCCUGACAAAAGGGAUCAGUUUACAAAAGAAUUCCAGUACGUGUUUCAACAUAGUUUUAAUUUUCCAAGAAAAUACAUCUGGUGGACAUUCAGCCAUGAAGGGAGUGAGCAUCUAUGGAUUUGCCAUAGUCUAACUACAAUAUUUUUAUUUUCACAUCUUCAAUUUCAAGAACUUAAUGGAGCCAAAGCAGGCUUAAUGAGUUAAAUUUGAGGAAACAAACAGGAGACUGACAAUGUGAAAUAAUAUCUCAGUUAACGAUCAUGUCUCUUUUGGUAAUUGGUUAGCAAUGAGUUGCAAAACCCUCCUCUUUUCUGGCCUAGCAUCCUGGCUCAGCCCAGCUGCAGAGUAGAGGCAAUAUAUAUGAUCUAGAGAACAGAUAGUCUCUGGGGUAUUAUCUGACAGUGAUGAUCCUUUGAAUUUGCCAGCUGGUUGAGUAAACAAUUAAUUUGCUAAUUGAACUGCAAACUAAUCCAAUUGUUUUGGUGCCAAAGUUUAAAUCCAAACCUUUUACAAGACCUUUGUUAAAAACAGAUCUCUAAAGCCGGGUGUGGUGGCACACACCUUUAAUCCCAGCACUUGGGAGGCAGAGGUAGGAGGAUCCCCGAGAGUUCAAGGCCACCCUGAGACUACAUAGUGAAUUAAAGGUCAACCUGGACUAGAGUGAGACCCUACCUCAAAACAAAAAAAAAAAAACAAACUAACAAAAAAGACAGAUCUCUAAAUAUGUGGGCUUAACUUUAGUGUCCUAAUACUUUUUGUAACCACCUCUGGAAUUUUCUGGAUUCUCUUUGGGGAAGACAUUUAAAGCAAUGGCAGUAGAAGAACACAGUGUAACAAAAUAUAUAAAUUGUGUCAGAUGGUAUGUAGAAAGCCAUCCCAUAUCCCAGGCCACACAUUCUAGCACUGGGUGUAUAGAAACUGCUUGAUUGUGUGCUUUGAGGCCAAGAAAAGGCAAGUCAUUCCUAAGUGCAGGAUUCCCAAACAAACUAGAGUCACAAAGCACUGUUUGGCUUAAGGACAAUUGAGUUGUAUAGAGAAGGUUGACCUAAGACAUUGCCUCAAGGAGGGAUGCACCAUCUAAAUAUAAAUAAAUAUCUAAAUAAAUGAUAAACUUGGUUUCUGGUUUUAGCCCCUUGUAUCCUUACUAUAUAUUGUAAAGGGCAAAGUGGAUUUCCUGAGAUUACAGCUCAGGAGUUAUGUGAGUUUGAAGUUUUAGUGAGUGUAAUAGAGCUGGACUUUGCUUCAAUUUCAGUCCUUUGUUUCAAGGAGAGAAGUUCUGGGAAAGUGUGUAUCAGCAACUUUUAGAUAAUUCCCCUACAUUUGCUGGCCACAUUCUCAUUUCGAAUCAUCUAAAUCUGGGAAAAUUUUUGAAGAGAUACUGGGAACAAAAUUGUUUUUUCCCCAUAAUGUUAAUCUGAUUUUACCAAAUCCUCUAAGAAAGAAUAUGAGAUAUAGAAUUUGCAGUUCUCAAAUGGGUCCUACCAGGUUGCUCAUCCCAUCCCAAUCUUUCAGUUAUAAAGUCCUACCUCUAAGUUCCCACCAAAGGAUUUUCAGCCUCUGUCUGCACACUUGUUGACUGAAUGCCUUGCCAAAAGUUUGGCCUUUUGAAGAGAAUAAGCAUGUGAUAAUACAGAUGAGGCAAAAAAACCAACCUCCACCUCGCUCUCCCUCUACAACUUUAUUCUCUUUCUUUUGCUCCUCCACCAUGUCCUGAAUUCAAAUCUCUCUCCAUUUUACAGGCAUGCUGUUUUUAAUGUGGACCUGGGUGGGGAGGAGAGGAAAAUCCUGGGAACAGAAUGGAAGCUCCUAGAUUGAUGGAGCAUUAGCACUUUACUCACUCCACAGUAGGGUCCAAAGCCAGCAAGUCUCAUUGGGAGUGUGAAGCGCUAAAACAUCUCAAUUUAGACAUAUGAAGUGUUUACUGCUAAAGCUUAUUAUGUACUAGUCCUAAUGUACUGGAAUUUGGGGGAAGUUUUAAGAUGUAAUGAGAGAAAAGCCAUCUAGUGAAAUGGGGAAGAAGGCAGGGCCUGUAUUGGUUUUUCUCAAGGUGGAGUGUUUAGCCUCACUGUCAUAAAGAGGGUACCUCACAACAUAUCCCUUUUCCAUGUCACUUUGUCCCCUCUUCACCUUUCUUUGUUAUUCCCUUUUUAGUAUUCCAUUUUUAUAUAAGUAUUGACUUUUUUUUUUACUAUAUAUUUGGUCCUUGGGACUGUGUAACAAUUAAAAUGUAUUCCAUUCAAGAUAAAAAAAAUAUAUGUUUAAUAUUCUGUUCUUUUAAACUGUCUUUUGAAGCUAUGCUGCUAACCAGGUACACACCAGAAAGGAAUUGGGCCUGACCGCAUCUUGGUCAUGUUACCUAAGGGUGACAGUGAUAUCAUAAAUGUUGACUCUUCUUCAUUUGACCAAGGCCAGCCUCCAGCUCUUACCUCUGCCCAUUCAUUUCUGGCCAUGGGAAAUACACCAGCUGUUGGGUGAGCCAUUGAAGCCAGGAGGGCACCAUGUGAAUGUCUCUAUAGGAAGCUCACUUAUAGGACUGGCUCCUACCACAGUAGCCAAAGAAAUCCUGUCUGGCUGGACAUUUAUUUCUUGAGAGUUGGUUCAUGUUCUGCUGAAGCUAAUGUAUAGAUAUCUGCAGAAGCUCAACACCCAAAAACAUGCUUCAGCCAAAGCUAACAGCACCUGUGUUUCCACAGGAACCUUGGUGCUGAGCUGUUCAGAGCAGUUAUUUAUCCUAGUAUUGCCAUCCCUCCAACCAUGCUUUCUUAGCUUUCUCCUCACCUGCUCAUAGAUACAGCCUGAACCAAAUCUGUGACUCACUGCUCACUUCGUUCUGCUCCUUGGUAGUAUAAAAAGGAAAACAUGGAUUAGGGAGUUAGGAGACCUGAUUUCUAUUCCUUAUGCUUCUACUAACUAGCCUCAAGAUCUUAACCGCUCUGUGCCUCAGUGUUCCCAUCUGCAAAAUGGGGAUAGUGUAAAUUGCUUUACCUACCUCACAGGGUUGUUGUGAGGAUAAACUGAGACAAUGAAUAGAAAGCACUUUGACAAGUAAGUGCUAUGCAAAUUGUAAGAAAUGGAAACAAUCAUGUUCAAGGCAAUGGAAUGAACACUGGCAGAAGGGUUAAUGGGAUUGUCCAGUCCUUUCUCUGUGUGGCUUAAACCCAGGUCGCCAUUGCUUUAUACAUUCUCACUUAGCACAGAUUUGUAAUUAUGCAUGUAAUAAAGCACAGCCUUAUUCAA